UUGUCUUCUAAGCUUUUAGGUAUUGCCGUUAGAUUAUAAAGACAAAGUAUAAAACUAUUAGCAACCUCUAUAUGACCGAUCCCAUUCCCAUUCUCUGCGUGUAAAGUCCCAACCAUUUGUCAUCACUCCAAAACAGUCGACAAUUCUACUUUCUUUCUUCCACUUUGGCCUGCACCUUCCUCUUUCUCUCUUUCUCUCUCUCUACCUUGUAACCAACCUCACAACAACAAUUCAUAUAGCUGUUUUUCUCUUCUUUCUUUAUUUCACUAUAUCAUGAGAAUUGGAACCAAAUUGGUCUUAUUCAAAGGUGCUGCUGAAAUGGGUUUUUUAUCUAAAGAAGAGAAAUCCAAGAGAAUACUAAGGGUCGUAAAAACUCUGUUUUUCUUAAUUACUAUGAUUCUUUCUCUUCUUCUUUUCUCUGCUCCUGUUCUAUUAGUCAUCGCUGAUGCACUUCUUCCUUCCGCUCUUCUCUCUACACUCUCCGUUUCGCCUCUUUCGUUAUCGACUCUCUCUUCUCAUUUCAACAACUACGAUUUUCGUUACUCUCUCAUCGAUAUUCCACUCCUCUCAAUAAUCAGAUCCUUUAUAAUCUUCUGUGUUUAUAGUUUAUGUGAUGGGCCGAGACUUUCGAGAUCACGAGGACCGUAUUUGGGGAUUACUACGUUGUGUUCUGUUUUGUCUCUGUUGUUUGUUUCGUUUAAGGCUGUUUAUGUUUUUGGACAUGGAAGUGGUGGCUAUGUUGGAGGAUCGGAAAUUGCUUUGUUUUUGUGUUCUUGUGUGUUGGCUGUGGGACAUGUUGUGGUUGCUUAUAGAACAAGUUGUAGAGAGAGAAGAAAGCUUUUGGUUUACAAGAUUGACAUUGAAGCUAUUUCAGCUUGUACAAAUGGGUAUCAGAGGUAUCCAAAGAUUCUUCAAGAAGUGAGAACCAAAUGAUAUCACUGUGGCACUAACAGAUUAGAUUAGAGGAAUAUAUGAAAGUAUAAAUUUUACAUCUAACAGUUAUUAGUGAUUAUUAUAGUUUAGUUUACACUUCACGGCUACCAUGAAACAUAAAGUUGUUGAAUGGUGUUAUAGGUAUAUAUGUAAAACAGAGCUUCCGCUUUGUCAUUUAUGUAAUAUUCUUUUAUGUCACUUUUUUUUUUCUCUUUUUUUUUUUUUUCCUUUUGAUUUGUGUAUAUCUUAUUGUACAUAUAUAAAAUGAAUGGAUUGUUGGUUUUGGUUAAA